ACAGGGCCUGUCUGCUCACCUAGAGCUGCCUGCUUGCCAGCAGGGCUCUCCCUGAGGCAGCAAGCAGAGAAGCCGUUGCCUUUCCGCAACCAGCACCUGACCACCGGCUCAAACGCAAGCCCCUUUGGGGAAUCAGCUAUCAGAUCACAUUAUCAUCCAGGGAGCUGUACUCAGCAGCAUCAACAUGUCCCGGCCCAGCAGCAGAGCCAUUUACUUGCACCGGAAAGAAUAUUCCCAGAGGCUCACCACAGAGCCCACCCUUCAGCAGCACAGGGUGGAGCACCUGAUGACAUGUAAGCUGGGGACACAGAGAAUCCAAGAGCCCAAGGAUGUCCUGCAGAAGCUGCAGGAGAUGGAUGCGCAGGGCCGGGUAUGGAGCCAAGACCUAAUCCUGCAGGUCAAAGAUGGCUGGCUCCAGCUGCUGGACAUUGAGACCAAGGAGGAGCUGGACUCUUACCGCCUAGACAACAUCAAGGCCAUGGAUGUGGCUCUCAACACCUGCUCCUACAACUCGAUCUUGUCCAUCACUGUACAGGAGUCUGGCCUGCCAGGCACCAGUACUUUGCUCUUCCAGUGUGAGGAAGUAGGGGCACAGAGACUGAGGACCAGCCUACAGAAGGCACUGGAGGAGGAGCUAGAGCAAAGACCUCAAUUUGGAAGCCUUUAUUCAGGUCAGGAGAAAUGGAACGGACCUCUGGAAAAGCCACACCCUGUGGAACAGGCCUCCCUUCCAGAGCGAGGGUCCCCUCCAGAACAGCCCCAUCGAAUGGCCCCAGAGCACAACAUCCCACCACCCCCGAAGUUCCCGCCACACUACCCUACUGCCCAAGAACCAAGUGCCUUUGCUUCUCCAAGGCAGUCACCGUCCCCCGAGCACACAACAAGGGAAGAGGAGAUACUGAACCGUGUCCUAAGGGACAUCGAGCUAUUCACAGAAAAGCUGAAGGAGACUGAGGCAAAGGCCAGCCAUAAGAAGAAGAAGAAACUUGGAAAAAAGAAGAGCAAGACUCAGGGAGGGAUAACACAGGAAGAGUACAUUGACUGCUUUCAGAAGAUCAAGUACAGCUUCAAUCUCCUGGGGAACCUGGCCGUCAGGCUUCAGGAGACAAGUGCCCCUGAGUUUGUGCACAUUCUCUUCCAAACGCUGAGCUUCAUCCUGAGCCAGUGUCCUGAGGAUGGCCUUACAGCUCAAGUGAUCUCACCGCUCCUCACCCCCAAAGCCAUUGACCUGCUGCAGUCUUGUCUAAGCCUACCUGAGAGCAGUCUCUGGAAGAGCCUGGGAAUGGCCUGGACCACCAGUCCGGCUGACUGGACAGGCAAUGAGCCUCCUCCCUACCAACCUACAUUCUCUAAUGGCUGGCAGCCUCUGGAGUCCUCUUUCCAGGCACCCAUAAGACAUCAGGACUCUCUUACCCUCCGAGAUUCUAGAUUACAUAGAACCCCAUACUUUGCUGAGGAUGAAAUAUAUAAACAUGGCUUUCAGCCUGAGGACGCCAACCACCGGUCCUCCAGCCCCAGACCAGUCAAGCCAACUCUGAAAAUGCAAGUCCUAUAUGAGUUUGAAGCAAGGAACCCACAGGAACUGACUGUGGUCCAGGGAGAGGUACUGGAGAUUCUGGACCAGAGCAAGCGGUGGUGGCUGGUGAAGAAUGAGGCAGGACAGAGUGGCUACAUUCCCAGCAACAUCCUGGAGCCUCUGCAAUCAGGAGCCUCUGGGCCCCAGGCCCCGUCAUCCCUUCGGGCACCAAUGCUUCGACUUAGCUCAAGGCCUGAGGAGGUUAAAGCCUGGCUGCAGGCAGAGAACUUCUCCACUGUCACGGUGAAGACCCUUGGGUCCAUGACAGGAAACCAGCUACUUCACAUGAGAACUGGAGAGCUUCAGAUGCUGUGUCCCCAGGAGGCCCCACGGAUUGUGGCCCGGCUAGAGGCUGUCAGAAGGACACUAGGGAUAAGCCAUUAGACACUUGCUCAGAAACCUCCAAGAUCAAGGACUUUGCAUUACAAGAUGGAGUAUUUGAUACACUUUAGAAUCCUGAGAAUUGCAACCCCUCGGUCUUCAGCAAACCACACAGCUCAGCUCACUCAGCAAGAGGGUGAACAGGCCCAGGUGCUGCAGCAAAUGGUACCCUUCCUGCUGUGCUGGGAACACGUCCCAAUUACUACCUAUUUAUUUUCUCUGUUUCCUACACCUGGCACGCUUCUGUCUAGGUUUGUGGGGAGUCUAUUCAGUCCCUUUCCUUCCCAGUAAAAGUAUCUUCAAGUCUUUCAUGUGCCUCCCUUGCAGCUUCUUCUGGGCCUGAUCAGAGCUAAAGGCAGGGAGGCAGGAAGGGCUGGGACACUGGACAUUAAAAAGCAGCAAUACUACAUCUACUGGCGGGCAGAUUGACUGAAGAGGGGACAGAAUUCACUUUGUGACCUGGAGCUGGAAAUCAGCACUGGAAAACUAUGGCCCAAACUCUCUUUACUAUCAAUAAAUUCCAAGACUGUUCAGCAUC